CUGACCCCGCCCCUUGCUAGCACGUGCGGCUGAGUGAGCGCGCAGCCUCAGACUGGUCAUUCGUAAACCUGUUGAGAAAACAAAUUACUCCUGGGAGCUCUGUAAUGGAGGCCGACGAAGAUGAUGAAGAAUCGGAUGAAAAGGAGAUCUACAUGAGCAUUCUAUGGCAUGCAGGAUUGCUCGCCCUGUCUUAUUACGACACUGGUGACUGCGCGGCACACUUUAUGCCAGAUACCCCUGAUACAGACCAGCUCCUGCUGCUGGGGAGAGUGAUAUCUGAUCUAAAACCAAGAUGUAUUGUAACAAGUGCAAAGCAAGACCAGAACCUCUCUGACUUUCUCCAGAGUUUAAACCCUGAUGGACAGGCUGAUGGGCUGUUGGCACCUGAAAUCGUUCUAUUCCCAAAUGCAGAUUUUGGGUUGGAGGUCUCUAAACAGCGAAUCCUCUCUGGGAACUUCCCAUCUUUACCUUCCAGGCUCACUGAGAUUGAGAAGAUCCUGCACCUCUCUUCCAUUAUUCCCUUUGACAGUCCACUCAUGAUCCGUACACUUGGAGGGCUUAUGAAAUUUUUAGAUCGAAGGAGGAUUGGGGUUCAGUUGGAAGACACUAGCGUGGGAGUCCCUAUUAUGAGCCUUAGGAAAUAUGUCUUGACAGAUAUCGUAGACAUGGAUCAAGAUACCUACAGUGUUCUCCAGAUAUUUAAAAGUGAGGUCCAUCCAUCAGUGUAUAAAAUGUCCUCCAGUGUGAAAGAAGGACUGAGUCUUUAUGGUCUUCUGAACUGCUGCCGAUCCAAGUGGGGAGAGAACAUGAUGAGACUGUGGAUGAUGCGACCCACCCGAGAUCAGGUCGAGCUGAUGUCUCGUCUUGAUGUGAUUGAGUUUUUUGUAACCCCUCGGAACCUGGAAAUUGCAGGAACCCUUCAGACCUGUAUUAAGAGCAUCAAAAAUAUUCCAAUGAUUUUAAAACGCAUGACAUUGUCUAAUACCAAGGUAUCUGACUGGCAGGCUCUCUAUAAGACAGUGUACAAUGCUGUAUGUAUUGGAGAUACCUGCCGUUCCUUGCCUCAGACAGUGUCUCUCUUCUCCCGCAUCUCUGCAGCCUUCAGCAAUGACUUGCAUUAUAUUGCCAGCAUUAUCAGCAAAGUGGUAGAUUUUGAGGAGAGUCUGACUGAGAAGCGAUUCUGCAUUAAACCCUUCGUAGACCCUGCAGUGGACGAAAAAAAGCGUCGGUUACAUGGCCUGUCAGAUUUUCUCACGGAGGUUGCACGCAAAGAGCUGGAGAACUUGGACAGCAAGAUCCCAUUUUGCUGCGUGAUCUACAUUCCUCUGAUUGGUUUCCUUCUGUCCAUUCCCCGUCUCCCUUUCAUGCAGGACAAAAGCGAUUUUGAAAUUGAAGGACUGGAGUUCAUGUUCUUGUCAGAGGAUAGACUCCACUACAGAAGUGCUCGUACCCGGGAGUUGGAUUCAUUACUGGGGGACCUUCACUGUGACAUUAGAGACCAUGAGACCAUGAUUAUGCAUCAGAUGCAGACAUUGAUAUUGGAAAAGUCAGCUGUUCUAUAUGAUGUGAUUGAGUAUGUUGGCCAGUUGGAUGCUCUCCUUGCCUUGGCAGUAUCUGCCCGCGAGAAUGGAUUUGUACGUCCCCGCUAUGUUCCCUCUAACACGAUUUACAUCAAGGAAGGGAGACACCCCCUCAUGGUAUAUUGCUCUGGAACAUUUGUCCCAAAUUCAACCCAGACAGAAGAAAUGGAGAAACGUAUAAAAAUCCUGACGGGACCCAACUCUUGUGGGAAAAGUGUAUAUAUGAAACAGGUCGGUCUCAUUGUCUUCAUGUCUAUGAUUGGAAGUUAUGUUCCUGCUUCAGUUGCAGAGAUUGGGCCAAUCGAUGGCAUCUUCACUCGAAUCCAAAGCAGGGAAUCUGUAUCUCUUGGCCUUUCUACCUUCAUGAUUGACUUAAACCAGGUGGCAAGAGCAGUGAAUAAUGCAACAAAGAAGUCACUGGUGUUAAUUGAUGAAUUUGGUAAAGGAACCAAUACAGUGGAUGGCCUCUCACUCUUAGCUGCAGUUCUUAGGCACUGGAUCAAUCAGGGGCUUGACUGUCCACACAUUUUCUUGUCUACAAAUUUCCACAGCCUAAUACAACUCAAAAUACUUCCAGACAGCCCCCUGCUACAUUAUCAGACCCUUGAGUGGUGCCUGGAUGGAGAGGAAUUGAUCUUUUUCUACCAGAUGAAAGAUGGGAUAUCAGAAGCAAGUCAAGCAGCCAGAGUGGCAGCCAAGGCUGGUUUACCAUCUGAGAUAAUCAAACGAGGAGUAGAGGUAUCUGAGCUCUUCCGAAGUGGGCAGGCAAUUCAGUGCUUGGAUCAGGAAGCAAAGAAUGAAAAAAUGCAAAUGUGCCAGAAUAUGGUUUUCAAUUUUCUUAGUCUAGACCUCGAGGAUCCACAGCUUGACCUGCAACACUAUAUGACCAAAGAGAUAAUUCCUUCUUCAAACAUCCUAUAAACUGUCCCACUACGUUCCAUCCUCCUUUUCUAUUCUGCCCCCAUACACAGGGUGAUUUCAGAGUUUUCACUGUAAAAUGUUGUACUUAAAGUAAACGCUUAUUGCAAGACAUUGUUCCAUUGUUAUUUCCCCUAUAUUUAAAUAUGUAUAAUAUACACUGGUAAUGUACUGGGAUAUCAGGUUUUAACCCAAAAUAAAUCAGAAUUAUUUUCCCAUUCAGCCAUUAUGCACUAAAAUGUGAAACUCUUGUCAGUUCUCUGCAAAUAAGUUUUGUUAAUAACCCUGACAAUCUUGUUGACCUCAUUAUGUGGUCCGCAGCUGCAUAAAUCCCCCCACUGUGACUGCUUAAUGGAGGAGAUCUUUUAUCAGGAGAGAAGGGGAGAGUGGUCUCUGGGAAUAUGUUAA